AUGCAGUAGUGGCCGAUGCAGCAUGCAGACUCGCCGUUUUGUGGUUAGCUAGCCGGUCCUGAGGGGCUGUUCCCGCUUGUCAGUAGCUCGUGUGGAAAGUAAGUGGACUCGCUGAGGGAGAAGAGGAGCGCAGAGGCUGAAAGAAAGGCAACGGAGUCAGCGACCCGCAUCUCAGGUUACAGAGUGAGGACAGUGCCGCCCUGCUGCUCUGUAAGCAGGAGACCGAGGGGAAACCUUGCGUGUCUGUGCUGACCCCACCACAGCUACCGUCCUUGUGCGGAGGGCUUUAACAGCGGGCGUUCACCUUUGACGUGCGGGGCCUGCAUGCCAGUCAGGAAGAGGGGAGAAGAAGAGAGGAACUCUUCAGGAACUGGCAGUCUUCUUCAUGGUGCUGGGUGAAGUGCAAUGCAGCCCACUGUGCGAAAGAAGCCGGACGCUGCCCAGCAGCUGGCUUUUCUGCCUAGUCACAGACAAGGAUCCAGGGACAUAGACUUCUCUAUGAAGAGGCCUCAGUUCCAGUUUGAUCUCUGGUGCUUUUUCACAAUCCAGAACUGGGUCCUGGACUUUGGGAGACCUGUAGUUAUGGUCCUGGUUCCUCUUGAGUGGCUCCCCCUGAACAAGCCUAUUGUUGGAGAUUAUUUUCACAUGGCUUACAAUAUCAUCACACCCUUUCUUCUGCUGAAGCUGAUUGACCACAGUCCAAAGACUUUGCCCCUGUGUGCUGUUUACCUCUGCAUCAUUACCUUCGUAAUGGGGGCCAGCAUAAACCUGGUGGGCGACUCCAUGAAUCAUCGGCUUCUGCUCAGUGGCUACCAGCUGCACUUGUCUGUGAGGGAGAACCCCAUCAUGAAGAAUCUAAAUCCACCUUCUUUGGUCGACUCCUUUGAACUACUUUAUUACUAUGACGAAAACUUUGGACGAUGUAUGUGGUACAUCCCUUUCUUCCUCAUCCUCUUUCUUUACUUCUCUGGCUGUUUCACAACUCUCAAAGAAGAGAAGAGAAUGCCUGUAUCAGCCUGGCUGCUCUUGGCUCCUAGUUCCCUCUAUUACUGGUACCUGGUGACAGAAGGACAGAUCUUUAUCCUCUUCAUCUUCACUUUUUUUGCCAUGACAGCUACAGUGAUGCACAAGAAACGCAAAGGCUUGGUGCCUGACAGUAAUGGACUGUUUCUGCUGUACAGCUUCUCCAUAGCUUUGGUUUUACUUACAGUCUGGGUUGCCUGCCUGUGGAAUGACAAGAUCCUCCGUAGAAAAUAUCCAGGAGUCAUCUACAUACCGGAGCCCUGGGCCUUCUACACAUUGCAUAUCAGAGAUAAACACAAGUUAUGACGUUUGCUUGACAGCUACGACUAGUAGUCCCUGCAAUACGUAGUGAAUAAAGACAGUGAACUUUAAGAUUAA